AUGGCCUUACUCCUUGAAGAUCAGCAACCAAACACCAGCACCUCUGCUGCAAUGUUGUGGUGGAAAAAAUUCUGGUCUCUCUCCAUUCCGUCUAAGGUUCAUAUCUUUCUUUGGAGAGCAAUCCAAGACUGUUUGCCGGUCCUUGAUAUCUUGCAUACAAGACAUAUCAGUGACACCGACUUCUGCCCAUUAUGCCACCGUGAGAAAGAGACUAUACUGCAUGCUCUCUUCCAUUGUAAGCGACCAAGGAAAUUCUGGCGUUUAUCCACCUUUGCUGUUAGAAAUCUCCUUCAAACACAUGUUCCACUCAAAUAUAUUUUAAUCCAUGUCUCCACGAUCUGGUCUAACUUGGAACUAGAACAAUUUGCUUGCAUUUUAUGGAGUCUUUGGACAAAAAGAAACAAGGAGCGCCAUGGUUCAAAAACUCAACUGACUGAGUUGUUGCUUUUCAAGGCUAUGACCUAUCUUGAUGAUUUUCAUUCAGCCCGAGGUGCAAACAACACACAACAGCGGACAAUGUCGAAGCAUCAGUCUCCUGCCCCACCACAUGCUGCGAUACCAUCUUCAACUGUUCCAAAAUGGUUGAAUCCGACUUCAAGAAGACUGAAACUCAAUACGGAUGCGGCUGUAAACAAAGCUACUCAAAUUACUGGUUUUGGUGCUAUACUAAGAAACAGUAGUGGUGAUUGUAUCGAUGCUAUGUCAAGGCCUUUUCCAGGCUGUUUUAAACCAGAAAUUAUGGAAGCUUUAGCUCUGCUUCAUAGCCUGCAAUGGCUCAAGGACCUUCGGAUGCAAGUGGAUUACAUUGAAUCUGAUUCACUCUUGCUGAUUAAUGGCUUGAAAUCCCAACAAGCCACAAUCUCUGAUUUUCACGGCUUGUUGUCUGAUAUUUUACAUUUAGUGUCCAAUUUCCCUGGAGUUCAAAUUUCACAUGUAAAGAGAGGAGCGAAUACUGCUGCUCAUACUUUUGCUAAAUUUGCUCUUUCGGUGGAUACUGAUUGUCUAUGGUUAGAGGAAUUUCCACCUCCACUAAUGUCUAUUGUAUUAUAA